AUGGAGAAGAUCACGGAUAAAAUCGCAGCGCUGCCUCAAGAUGCAAACUACUUCUCCCUCGAGUUCUUCCCGCCGAAGACUCAAAUGGGCUCUUCGAACCUACAAGCCCGGCUAGAACGCAUGUCCCGGGCUCUGCGACCGCUUUUCGUUACUGUAACCUGGGGAGCCGGCGGCAGCACAGCGACUAAAUCACUCGAGCUGGCCGAAAUAUGCCAGCGUCAAUUGGGCCUCACGACAUGUCUCCACCUUACAUGUACAAACAUGAGCCGGUCACUAGUAGACGAAGCCCUGGAACAAGCAAAAGCACUGGGCGUCCGGAACAUCCUCGCCCUGCGUGGCGACCCACCUCGAAGUGACGAAUAUAGGGACGAGGGCGCACCGGUCAGCGGAGACUCGAAUGACGACUUUGAAUGGGCAAUCGACCUUGUGCGGUACAUACGGAAGCAGUACGGCGAUUAUUUCUGCGUUGGCGUGGCGGCAUACCCGGAGGGUCACUCCGAUCAGUCGCAUCCGGAGCACCAGGAUCCCAAGUUCGACAUACCGUAUCUUGUGGAGAAGGUGCAGGCCGGCACGGACUUCAUCAUGACCCAACUUUUCUUCGACGUCAAGGCUUACUCGGAUUUUGAGGCCAUGCUGCGCAGUCAUCCGUCAGGCGCAUUCAAAAGCAUCCCAGUAAUACCAGGCUUGAUGCCGAUCCAGAGCUACCAGAUUCUGCGAAGGAUAACAAAGCUUAGCCACGCAAGGCUACCACCGGAGAUCCUCUCAAGACUGGAUGCUGUGAAGGGUGAUGAUGAAGCAGUCAAGAGAGUGGGUGUAGAUAUUCUGGGCGAGAUCGUGCAGGAGAUCAAGCGGACGACGCCGCAAGGUCCUCGAGGCUUCCACUUCUACACCCUUAAUUUAGAGAAGGCCGUUGCGCACAUAGUAGAGAGGACACAACUCAUCCCACCCAUAUCGCAAGAUGAAGACGAUGGCGACGAUGGUGACGAUGCAGUGGCAAUUGAUGGGGACGACGAUAUUUUACCGCCGCUUGGAGCAAUCAACAAGGCAGCUCGGCGGAGGCUGUCUUCGGUCAACUCGGCUCCUCACAACCGUGUGAUAGUAGAGCGGCCUUCGACAUCGAGUAACGCGAGCUACGAAGCGCCUGAUGACGAAGUGGGUGUGCCAAGGGACAAGAUCAAUACAAGGGCGAACACGCUUGCUAUCUCCGAAGGAGAAGGUGCACUAGGACGGGAGGCCACAUGGGACGACUUCCCCAAUGGGAGGUGGGGAGAUGCAAGAUCACCAGCCUUUGGCGAGAUCGACGGCUAUGGCGUCUCAUUACACGUUUCAAUACCGCAAGCCGUCAAGCUCUGGGGAUAUCCAACAGAGAUAUCCGACCUCACCACCAUCUUCCGAAGACACAUCUCCGGUGAGCUCGAAGCGGUCCCGUGGAGCGAGGAAGGUCUCAACCCAGAGACGAAGACAAUUCAAGAAGAGCUCCUCAAGCUCAACAGCAAAGGCUGGUGGACUGUCGCGAGUCAGCCAGCCGUGAACGGAGUCAAGAGCACCGAUCCGAUCUUCGGCUGGGGUCCGAAGAACGGCUUCGUAUUCCAGAAGCCCUUCGUAGAGUUCUUCCUCCCCUCCGCCGACUGGCAGAAGCUCCAGCGCAAGCUCUCCGAACAUGAAGAGGUGACCUACUUUGCAGGCAACAAAGCGGGCGACAUCGCCGCGACGAAAGAGGACUCUGUACAUGCAGUGACAUGGGGUGCGUUUGCGGGUAAAGAAAUCAUCUCACCGACUAUCAUCGAGGCGGUCUCGUUCCGCGCUUGGCUUGAAGAAGCCUUCAGUAUCUGGAGCGAGUGGCAGCGGAUCUACCCUCCGCAAUCGCCGACAGCGAAGCUGCUUGGAAGUGUUAGGGAUGACUAUUGGCUGGUCAAUGUGAUUCACCACGGAUAUCCGGAGAAGGAUGCGCUGUGGCGGCUUUUGCUUGAAGAGUAG